AUGGAAGAAAACAGCUUCGAAUUUAAAAAGGUAGAAAAAAUAAAUUUAGAUUCCUAUGAAAUUCCAAAAUAUUUCGAAGAAAUCUUAUCAGAAUUUGUAGCUAAAUUAUUACAAUCUCAUCCAGAUAAUGUAUAUAAAUUUGCUUUUAAUUAUUUUGAUCAAAAAUCAAAGAAUCUGUAA